CUCUGGGUAAAACAGCCCAAUACGAUUUUGGGAAAGAAAAUUAGCGUGAAAUUUUUGUUUGCAUAAAAUAUUUAAGAUUGUUAGAAGGUCCAUAAACUAAGUUCGUUGAAAGAACGUUUAUGAGUUUAUACAACUGUAGACCAAAUAUAAAUAAGUCCCGAGACCGUUACUUUUUCCCUUUUCACCGCUUUAUUUUGCGUUGCAUUUAGAGCAAAUCAACGGCUGUGUUAUUGGUUUUUUUUUUUGCAAUUGGCAAACAUCAAUUAGCGGAGUACCACAUAGUAGCCAUCGCAAAAUAACCGAAGUAGGAAAGAAAAAAUAAUAAAUUUAACGAAAAAAGAGCCGAUCAGUUUCACAGCAAUUUAAAAGAUGAGCGCCGGAGAAGAUUCCAGCUUACCAUCCACACCACCAGAAGUCCCUGAAGCUCAAGAUCAGGCCAAUCCCCGAGAACUAGAAAAAAUAGAAGAAGAAAAAUUGAAGUCAAAGUAUCCAUCUGGUCUGCGUGGCCCUGGUGGUCAUUCAGCUUUCCUUCAAAAGCGGUUACAGAAAGGUCAAAAGUUCUUCGACUCUGGUGAUUACCAAAUGGCAAAGCAAAAAGGUGGUGGAGUAAAGCAAGUGUUUGCCAAUAAAGUGGCAACUGGUGAAGCAAUACCUACUCCGGAAACGGUGCCUGCACGGAAAACUUCGAUAAUACAGCCUUGCACUAAGUUCCCAACGACGAGUUAAAAAAAUUAUUGACUAGUAGUGUUUAUCCUUAUAGGAAAAAUAUUACUCUAUUUUGUCGAAACAACUAUAUUCUAUUUUAAAUUUUACUUAUCCAUAUUACUCACCAGUUUUCCCAAACUAUAUCGUAUGAAUAGUAUCUAUUAACUGAUUCCUAAGUAACAUAUUUCAAUUUAAAAAUGCUUUUUGUUUAAUCUUGAUACAUAUUAUUCAAAAUUUUUAAAUUGGUAGGAUAUUUGCUGUAUUACUUUCAUUAUUUGUGAACUGAAAAAUAAUUUGAAACAUUUAAUCAAUGAGGAUUUUUAAGUUUCAAUUUAUAACAAAUCAUUUAUGAAGCAUUUUUUUAAUAUAAUUUAUUGGCGUGUUUAAAAAUA